UUCCCUGCAACUCUGCGUGAAAGGUUGAAGAGACUCUUUCGAUUGUCGAUAAAAUAUUAGGAUGUGAUGGCAUCCUUACACUCAGAAAGAUCAGAGCAUUUUCCUAAAAUUCCAAAGCAGAGGCUUGUAGAAGCAAAACCCGGUACACAACUCACCCAUUUCGAAGACUCUGGUGUUGAUGUGCGCGAGCUUUGGAGAGAUCAUGGCAAUGAGAGACAGUUGUAUAGAAAUUCUCCACCGAUGAUCAUAGGGCACAGGAAAUCUGGCAGUCAGAAUAGUUCUCGAACGAGUUCACCGGUUCCCAGACGAAAUGAGGUUGAAUCAGGAGCCCUUGCCUGCCGCAGUCCUUCCAUUUCAUUGGAACUUGGAUCAUCUUUGGAUGAAAGUCAGCUUUUCAGAGAUAAGAUUUCAAGACUUCAGCAGGAAAGAGAACAUCUAACUUCACAGUUAUCACACUAUAGGCAAGCUGCAGAAACUGCACAAACAGACCUUGCUGCUGAAAAAGUGAUAUCAUCUGGUUUACAGCAAGAGCUUAGAGAAUCUCAGCAAAAAAAUUCAGAGAAGGAUCAACAAAUUAUUGAGUUCAAGUGUGAAAUUGAAAGUAACAAACAAAAUGCUGCCAGGCAGACAGCACUGGUGCAGUCACUCCGUGACAGAAUACGAGAAGCUGAAGAUGAAGCAACAGAGAAGGAAAAUUUUGCAAACCGUAGUGAUGUCACCAUAUCAUCUUUGAAAAAAGAAAUACAAACUCAGCAAGAUCGUCUACAGCAGGUAGAGUCAUCACUCAAGCACCACAUUGCUGCAGAGGAGGAAGCUUCCAGCAGAGCUGCCAAAUGGGAGAGUAAGUAUGGUGAGAUGAAAACCCAGUUGACUCAAGCUUUGCAGCUGGAUGCAUCUGAAGCUUUGUCUGCGUCUCUGCACUCUCUUCUUGGAAGGAUUUCAGAAAUAGCCAGAGAGAGGAACAGCUUGCGGGAAAAAGCAAGUGCAUUGUCUCGUAAUUUACAUGAAAGUAACUUGGAGUCUAAAGCAAGCAGGGAAACCAUAAUGAGAUUGGUGUCAGAAGUAGGACAAGAGAAAAAGAGUUCUGGUCAAAGCCAACAGACCAUUAAUGGCUUAACCAGAGAAAGGGACACUUUGCAACAAAAGAUCAGAGAAAUGGAGAUAGAAGUUGAUCGAAUGAAACAUCAGCUAGCAGCAAGUCAAGAUGCUUGGGGGGUCACCAAAAAACAACUUGAUGAAAAGGAAAAUAAGCUGCAGGAAAUGGAGCAAACGUUACAAACAAGUGCAUACACCGGCCAGUCAGCUCAAUCAAAGCUGCACAACUUCAAGCGGCAUCUGGCGCAGUUGAUUGGAGACUUAGAUGAUUCUAUUGCUGCUGAAGAAGAUAGAGAGGAAUCAUUGAAGGUCCAGUUCAAAAACCUAUCAGAGGAACUAGAAAGCCAAAGGAACCUUCACCGCACCACUCUAAAACGAGCCAACGAGGCAGAAACCCAACUGAAAGAGAACCAGCAACGUGUGACUGGACUUGAAGGAGAACUUCUUACGUCUGAUGUAGAGAGAGAUCAACUGAAAGACGCCAAGAGAAAGUUUGUAACCUUCUGUGAAAAACUGGCCCGUGUCAUGAAACUGGAUGAAAUCGCUGAUGAUGUGGGUUUGGAUGUAAACGGUGAGGCUUUGUUGGCGAGAGGAGAACAACUAGUCAAGUUGGAGGCGGAUGCUUUGGAUGAUAGGAGGACAACAAUUUAUAAUCUGCAAAGACGACUGAAAUGGUCCAAACAACAGAUGGAGAGCAAAGAUCUGCAUCUGGGGUUACUGAAAAAGAAAGUCUCCGAACUUGAAGAACUUUUGCGUGAGAAAGGUCGAGUCGAAGUCGAGAGAGACGAGAACUCGCUCAGAUACAAGAAACUUGUCAAACACAACGAUAAACUGCAGAGAGAAUUGCUAGAUUACAAACAACAGGUGACCAAUCUAAAGGCAAAGUUACUGGAGGCUAGCGAACUCAGGGUGAGAACUUUGGAGCAAGGAAAAACAAUCGAAGAACUAGAAAAUGCAAUAAACAAACUUGCUAAGAGUAAGCACAAGACUUCAGCUGAACUGCACGACUUGAAGAACGAAAUGGAAAUGACGGAGAACGAGCAUCGUGAAAAAAAAGCGCGAUCUUCCGAGACUGUACAGCAACUAAACAGUGAACUACAAACAACGAAACGGGCUUUGGAAGAGAGCAGAGUAAGAGAAAAGCAGUUGCUGGAUUUCCGUCAAGUCUUAGCUCGCCUUCUUGGUCUCGACAUCAACACGCUUUCGGUCCCAGACUACGAAAUCAUUUCACGGCUGGAACGUCUGGUCCAGGCCCAUCACGCGCACUCGAUCACCACACACAGUCUGGAGGCUAGUCUCCAGGACAUGGAGAGUGGCUUCCGCACGGGUUACGAUGAUGCUGUUGCCAUCCUAAGAACGCCAUCGCCUGUAAAAGCCUCGUAACACAAGCUAUGGACUACAUGUUAGAUAUGUACAUAAUAAUACAACGAAAUACUAUAAAAUUUAUAGGAAGGAUCUAACUUUGGGAUUUAUAUACUUAAUAUAGAUUACACCCAUGGGACAGUCGUCUCUUUUGCCCGGAACUCACUUUCAGAAACACAAGCUGUUGCUUUACAUGACAUUUUAAUCACCAAAGUGGGUACCAACGUCAAGACUCAGCUUCUAGUGAUUCUGCAGAGAAGCUAAGGAAAGAAUCCUUCGAAAUUCCCAGCUGUCGAUCCUAAAGAAAAUUUUGAAUUUUGAGUUUUAAAAAAUCAGUCACUCUUAAUAAUUUGUCAGAUUAUCCGAAACAUUUCGAACGUAAAGAGUGGCUCUCUUUUCCUUUAUCUUAGAAGAAAACCUUUUUUUACAAGCAGUGGAAUUACACAGUCAGUCAAUUGAAGAUUUUGAGAUUAAGCAGAAUGAAGAGACUUUUCUGAUAUUUUAAAUAGUUUCAAGCUUGCCACAUAUGUGAGUGAAAUUUUGGUUUCUUCGUCUUUGGUUAGUGUCUAAUUGCUGGUAGAACUCUUUCUUAACUCUGAUAAAAGGUUUUUAAUUGGCCGCAAAAUAUAUUGCUGCCACCUCCCUCGGUGACUGCUACCAAGUGAACGAAGUUACAUAAUAAAGUAAAGGAGUAAUAAGGAGCAAAACAUUUUCAAAUUAACAAAUGGUAAACACCACAGCGUACACUAUUGAGUUAUGGAUGCACGCGGGAGG